AUGCCUGAAGACACCUCCCGCUCGGCUGGCGAAGUACUCGAAAAGGAAGCUGACCGCGACCUUCGCGUUGCCUUCGAUGAUGCAGCCCACCCUAGGGGGAGAGCUGCAGAUCAGGGCAAUCGCAGAGACUCUCGCUCCCUGUCCCGUCGAAGAUCCAUGAGCCGUGAUGGCAUCACCACGGCUCCCUAUUCCGGCCUUCCGAUUACAUAUCGAACCCUCUCUAUUCAGGUCACCGAGUCCCGCAAGGUUGAAAGCGACUCCUCGGCUGACAUCAAAUCAAGCAAGAAGGACGACGAGGACUACUUUGCAAACUUGACCUUCCAUCGACUCCAGGCCGACCAGUUGUGUCAGCAACUCAAUGUUUCCGAAUCGUCAGGUCUUUCUGAGAGCUCCGCUGCCAACAGACUCCAGCGAGAUGGCGGCAAUACCCUGCCAAAGCCAAAGACUAACUAUCUCAAGAAGAUCUUGAUGUACGUCUUUGGCGGCUUCUGUUCCGUUCUCUGGGUUGGCGUCAUUGUCUUCUUCAUCUGCUGGAGGCCCCUGAGUAACCCCCCGUCCCCUACUAAUCUUGCCCUUGCUAUCCUGGUUAUACUGGUCAUUAUGCUUCAGGCUGGUUUCUCUGCCUUCCAAGACUGGUCGACAUCGAGAACCAUGAAGUCCAUCACCGACCUGCUGCCAGCAGAAGCGCUGGUCAUGAGGGAUGGGCAGUUGAAAAAAAUGCCGGCCACGCAACUUGUUAGUGGAGAUGUCGUUCAUCUCAAAAUCGGCAACAAGGUGCCUGCCGACAUGCGUCUCAUCAGCCACUCUGGAGAUAUUCGAUUCGACCGUGCGGUUCUCACUGGCGAAUCCGACGAGGUGGAGGGUGCCGUUGACAUGACGGACCAAAACUUCUUGGAGAGCCGCAACAUUGCUCUCAUGGGCACGCUGGUCGUGAACGGCAGCGGUGUCGGCGUCGUCGUCUUGACAGGUCCUCGAUCCGUCAUGGGUCGUAUUGCCAAGGCCACCGCUUCUACCGAAGAACGUGCUACUCUGAUUCAGAAGGAAAUUUGGCGCUUUGUCUACAUCAUUGUCGCACUGACUAUUUGCCUGGCGCUUUUGAUUCUCUUCACCUGGCUCGGCUGGCUGCGUCGGGACCACUAUGGCUUUAUGAAUGUCGUUGCCAUGCUGAACAAUGUCAUGAGCUGCGUGGUGGCCUUUAUUCCCGAAGGCAUGCCCGUGGCCGUUGCUCUGACUCUGAUGAUGGUGGCGAGGAAGAUGAAGGUGGUCAAUAUCCUACCAAAGGGUCUUUCUACGGUUGAAACCCUGGGAUGUGUCAAUGUCAUCUGCUCAGAUAAGACUGGCACCCUGACCCAAAACCAAAUGCAUGUCAACUCGGCAUCGUUUAUCGACGGACCGAUCGAGCUCGACGAAUUCUACCGCGCCGGCAACAGCGAGAAGGCUGAGGCAAGCUCUACCCGACUUCUUGCAGCUGCAUCUCAUUGUAACGAUGCUACAUUCGACCCUACAACCAUGAAUUUGCCCGUUUUCAGCCGCGAGGUCCAAGGAAAUGCCACCGAUGCCGCUGUUCUCCGGCUUGCAGCCACCGCCAAGGGCGGCGACUUUGGCACGGCCAUUGUGCCUCGUCUGUUUCAGAUCGCCUUCAACUCCAAGAACAAGUGGAUGCUCACGUUGCACCGCAAGGAGGCAGACAGCGAUGCCUCGUUGAACGAAUACCAAGUUUUCGUAAAGGGCGCGCCGGAUGUUCUGUUGCCAACUUGCACCAAGUACUGGUCCAGGAAGACAAACACGGUUCAGCCCAUGGACGAGACUGCGCGGUCCGCCUUCAAAACCUACCAGGACAAGCUCUCUCGCAACGCGGAACGUGUCAUUGUUCUUUGCGAGAAGACGUUUACUGCAAAGAAUGCUGUGGGCACCAAUGCCUUCAGUGACGAGGUUGCUCUUGGUGCCACCGAGCAUCUCACCAUUGUUGGAAUUCUCGGCAUCAUCGAUCCCGCUCGACCCGAAACCGCACACACAGUUGCAGAAUGCAGACGUGCCGGCGCCAGAUUCUUCAUGGUCACCGGCGACUAUGGCCUGACUGCCGCCGCUAUUGCCCGCAACACUGGUAUUUUCAGCAGCGAGCGCGACCCCGACACCAUCAAGACCAUCAAAAGCGACAAGGUGAUGUCCGCCGCGGAGCUCGCUGAUGCUCGGAAGUCUGGCGAGCGACACAGCCUGCUGCUCGAGGGUCAGGAUCUGGGCAAUCUGGGGCCAGAAGACUGGGACAUGAUUUGCGAGUACGGAGAAAUCAUCUUUGCCAGAACCACGCCGGAGCAGAAGCUGCGAAUCGUCGAAGAGUUCCGCAAGCGCGACAAUGUCGUUGCCGUCACGGGCGACGGUGUCAACGACGCCCCUGCUCUCCGGGCGGCCGAUGUUGGCGUCGCCAUUGUCACGGGCAGCGAUGUUGCCAUCGAGGCGGCCGACCUGGUGCUGCUCGACAGAUUCGACUCCAUCAUCGAGGCCAUUCGCUGGGGCAGACUGGUGUUCCAGAAUCUCCAAAAAGUGAUUGCGUACCUGCUCCCCGCCGGGUCGUGGUCGGAAAUCUGGCCCGUCUUGGUCAACGUCUUCUUCGGCGUGCCUCUCCCGCUGAGCUCGUUCCUCAUGAUCAUCAUCUGCGUCUUCACCGACCUUUUCCUCUCGCUGUCCCUCAUCAUGGAGCGCGAGGAGUUUGACCUGCUGUCUCUGCCGCCCCGAAACCACAAGAGGGACCACCUCAUCACUCUCAAGAUCUACCUCCAGGCCUACCUCUUCACGGGCUUCAUGGAGACCGUCACGGCCCACGCCAUGUUCUUCCUGUACUACUGGAAGGAGGCGGGCAUCCCCAUCAGCAGCCUGUUCUUUGCCUUUGAGAGGUACACGGACGGAUUCUACGGCUACACGGAGGAUCAGCUGACGCAUUUCAACGCCGUCGGCCAGAGCGUCUACUUUGUCACCUUGGUCAUCCUGCAGUGGGGGAACAUUCUGGCGGUGCGCAAUCGCCGGCUGAGCAUCGUGCAGGCCGACCCCAUCACGGAGAAGAGGCGCAACCCUUGGCUCAUUCUGAGCAUGGCGAUUUCUCUGGCCAUUGCGAUUUUCGUUACCGAAGUCCCCGGCAUUCAGUCGUUGUUUGGCACAGCAAGCGUUCCCAUUGAGUUUUGGCUUCUCCCCCUUCCUUUGGCCGUGGGUAUUCUUUGCAUGGACGAGAUUAGAAAACUGCUUGUUAGACUGUUCCCCAACGGCCCGGUGGCUAAGAUUGCUUGGUAG